AUGCUCCAGCCCCGCCUGCACCGCUGCCCCCAGCCCCGCCUACUCUCGCCACCGCCGCGGCCCGCCGCCGCGUGCCGCCAGUCGGCCACCGCCUCCUCGCGGGGCCUCAGGAGCCCGCUCGCCGUCUUCUCCGUCCCCGGAGCUCCCGCUCCAGGCCCUCCUCGGUUAGCGGCGGCGGCGGCGGCGCGCGAGGAGCAGUGGGGGCACGCGGAGGGUCAUGACGACGGUGGCAAGGCGGACCUCGGGGAUGCGCUCUCCAGGACGCGGGAGCUCGUGGAGUGCGCCAUGUUCGCGGCCGUCGCGGGGCUCGCCUACUUCCUCAGCAAUUCCCUCGCCAUUGAGAAUUAUUUCAGUUGCUUUUUCCCAUUGCCGAUAGUCAUUUCCUCAUUAAGAUGGGGACUAGAAGCUGGCAGGAAAACUGUGGUGGCUACUGUCUUACUGCUAUUCACAUUAUCUGGCCCUGUAAAAGCAUCAACUUAUCUGCUUAUGUAUGGAGUAGUUGGUCUCAUCAUGGGUACUGUUUGGAGAUUGGAGAUCAAUUGGAUUGUUUCCAUCCUCCUCUGCUCCAUUGCCCGUGCCCUGGGAGCUUGUGGUUAUGUGCUAGUGUCAUCGUUUCUGAUAAGAGAAAAUAUUCUUGCACUGAUAACGGUUAACAUUCAUGCUUCCUUGACAUAUAUCCUGACGGCAGCUGGUGUGAACACGAUUCCUUCCAUGGAUGCAAUAUAUGUACUCUUUGGGACACUGCUUCUAUUUAAUUGUGCGUUCUUCGUCUUCCUCCUGCAUAUAAUGUAUACGGUGUUCCUGACAAAGCUUGGGAUAAAGUCGUCACUGAGACCACCAAGAUGGCUGGACAAAGUGAUAUGGAUUUAG